AUGAGGAUUAUGAUAAAAGGAGGUAUUUGGAAAAACAUUGAGGAUGAAAUCCUCAAGGCUGCUGUCAUGAAAUAUGGGCUAAACCAAUGAUCUAGAAUUUCGUCUUUACUUGUUCGAAAAUCUGCUAAACAAUGCAAAGCAAGAUGAUAUGAAUGACUAGACCCAUCAAUAAAAAAGACAGAAUGGUCCAAAGAAGAAGAAGAAAAAUUGUUGCAUCUUGCUAAGUUAUUCCCUAAUCAAUGACGCACAAUUGCACCUGUUAUCGGCCGCACUCCAGCACAGUGCCUUGAGCAUUAUGAACAAUUAUUAGAAGAAGCAGCAGGCAAUGAAGUUGACGAACAAAACGACCCAAGAAGACUGAAGCCAGGCGAAAUUGACCCAUCACCUGAAACAAGACCCCCAAGGCCAGAUCCUGUAGAUAUGGAUGAAGAUGAAAAAGAAAUGCUCCAAGAAGCCCGUGCGAGACUUUCCAAUACCAGAGGCAAAAAAGCUAACUCACUCCCUCAUGCUUGAUCAUGAAAAACUCCAAAAAUUGUGUAAAUUAUUCCCAUCUUUGACAAAGGAUUUCUACUAUAAUUAAGCAAGGAAUUCGCUCACAUCAAAUUAGCUACCUAUAUUUGAUAAUUAUUGAUACUUUGAGAUAUUAGAAAUUAUCACUCCUACGCAAUUCUAAUGCAAUUUCUACAUAUUUGCUAGUAUGCUGAAUCUUCUAUUUCUUAUCUCUAGCUAUAUGUGAAAAAUUUAUAUAAUAAUUUUGUAAGUUGAUGAAAACAUUUAUAUAAAAUUAUUGGCAAUCCUUAAUCGAACAAUGCGGAUCUUUCAAUCACGAAUGGAAAAGUAAGCGAAAAAUGAGAGAAAAGCAGUUAGAAGAAGGUAGAAGACUUGCCACAGUCCAAAGAAAGAGAGAACUAAGAGCUACUGGAAUUGAUAUUGAAUUGAAAAAAAGAAUAAAGCCCAAGGUUAGAGAAAUGAACUAUAUGGUAGAAAUUCCUUUUGAACACUAUGUACCCAAAGGGAUUUAUGAGCCAGAUGAAGCUCCUCAGCCAACUCAAGACCAGCUGAUGAUUUCUGCACAGCAAAUAGAAGGAAGUAUGAGAGAUGAACUUGAAGCCAAGCGGAAAAUUGAAGACGAAAAAAGAAUGAAAAGGCUAAAAGAGCUGGAUUUACCUAUGGCAAUCAAAAAGAUCAAUAAAGCUAAUGAAGAAGCAUUGCCUGUGAAGAGGUCAAGGCUGAUUUUACCCGAGCCUCAGCUUACAGAAGAACAAAUAGAGCAAUAUGUAAGGCAUGGCGAAAAUGAUGGAAAUACAAAUAAUAAUGCUACAGAUGCCUUAGUUGGGAAUUAUGAUAAGUAUUCAAAUUUGAUCGAUCCAACUCAAAUUAUUACUCCGAUGGAAGAAAACAGUAUCCAAAUGGAGGCGUAUAAUGCUGCUUUAAUGAACAGGACUACGACUCCAUUGAUGGGAGGCUCAAACCCAGAACUCUACCAGACAGAUUUAUCGUCUGUAACUCCCGCUAUGACUCCUAAUUUAAUAGCAUCUCAGCUUUCUACAGCUAGAAAUAGCAGAGACGCUAUGUCACUUAACACAAAAGCAGCAAACUGGGAAACUUCUUCUGAUUUUAUAGCUCCAGUGCCAUUAACAAAAGAGAAACUUGAAGAGUUUCAAGCACUAAGUGAAAAAGAGCUGUUGCUAAAGCAGCUUGCUAGUAUCCCAGGCCCUGUAAAUCUAAUUGAUUUUGAUAUGCCUGAGAUAGAAGAUGAAGGGGAAGAUUCUAAUGAAGAUAUGGAAGAAGAUGAAGAAAUGAGCGACUUAGAGCAAGAAGAUGUCAAAGAAGCCUUAAAGAGCGAAACUGUAAAAAGAGAUUUACCUAGACCAUAUGUUUUUAACCCGAAAAGAUAUAUUGUAGAGGCUGGAGAAGAUUCCAUAACUGAUGAGCUUUUAUCGCUAGUUUUGUAUGAUAUGCAUCAAUACCCCAUGAAAGGAGGUAAAAUCCCCCCUGAUUGCCCUGAUAAAGAACCUUUUAAUGACGAACUCAGAGGAAAAGUAAAAAAAUUAGUUGAUGAAGAAAUGCAGAGCUGCAUAAAUUUAACCACAAAAGAUAUAGAUGCUGCUCAUGCCAGGUAUCAAUAUUUGCAUACAGAGAAAAAAGCUGUAAUAAAAGAAGAAAUCAAUGAAGAAAGUAUUGCUGCUAAUGCAAAAAUUGAGCUGAAGCAGUAUAAAACUCAUUUAAGCAAACUAGAGAACAAAUACGAAGAUGAUAUAAGAAACUCCACAAAAGACUUGCAAAAGAAAGCUGUAAGAUUAGAAAAAGCUAUUGAAAAAACAUAUGCCAAAUAUGACACUCUUCGGAUAGAAAACUCAGUAUUUGAAGUUCUACAAGUCAGAGAAGAAGAUUCCUUAAAAAAUAGGAUAAAUAAGCUGAAAGAAAUGAUUGAGCAAGAAAAAAAUACUGAAUCACUUCUAUUAAAAGAAAUUGAAAAUCUUGGAAGAGAAGAAGAAGCAUGGACAUGGGCAAACAACGUUGCACCUUAA